AUGGACCUGCCAUCAAUUUUGCCAAAGCUCACUCCCGCUUUGGGCGACCGUGAGGCCAUCGCUGACGCCAUGUAUCGCUGUCUGUGGGGGUUCGACACAGCGGACGCCGCGUUAUUCGCGUCGAGCUUCGCAGCCGACUGCCUCUUUGACCUCAAUGGCAAAGUCAUGAACAGCUUGGAAGAAGUCAAGGCAAAAUGCUUCGAUCCCAUUUCCAAAAUGGACACGACGCACUUCCUCACCAAUGUGCGUGUCAACUAUGUCGAAGGCGAGUCCAAGGCCGUGGGUACCAGUUGCGGGCUGGCGCAGCACUACGCUCCAGGCCAGGGUCUUCAGGACGGUUCCAAGUCGCUCCUGGUGGGCAGUCUGUACUGGUAUGAGUUUGUCAAAGAUGACUCCGAUGGACUGUGGAAGAUUAAAUACUGGAGAGUUAAAUCUGUCUGGAGUGAAGGCGACUGGGGCAUUCUGCAGGGUAACUGA